UGCGUGCAGCUGAUGAGGGUGCAGACGGUGGCGAACGUGGCGCGGCUGCAGGCCCAGCUGGACGCCGUCAGCCCCUCGGCGCUGCAGGAGCUGCAGGAGUACGUGCUCUUCCCCCUGCGCUUCGCGCUGCGGGUGCCGGGGCGCACGCAGGAGCGCCUGGUGCAGAGCGCGGUGCAGUGCAUUUCCGCCGUGCUGGCCACAACGUGCGUGAGGAAGCAGGAGCUGCUGCGGGAGCUGUUCGCCGAGCUCUGCGCGUGCCUCUCCCCCCACGCCGGCUCUGCCAAGCUGGGCUCGCGCUCGGAGGAGGUGAAGCUGGCGGUCAUCCAGGCGCUGCACACCCUGCUGCAUUCAGCUUACGGGGACGUUCUCUUGUCGCUGUACCAACCCACCACCCUUCCUCUCCUAGGAUUUGCUGUGUCUUUGCUUCUGGGCCUAGCAGAGCGCGAAAAGGCAAAGCAAGUUAAGAUCUCUGCUUUGAAGUGCUUGCAGGUCCUAGUUCUGCAGUGUGACUGCCAGGAGCAUCCACACCUAGAUGAGGAUGAGGCACAGCAAUGCGGGGAUUUGUUUGCUGCUUUUCUGCCUGGGAUUUCCAUUACGCUGUCUCGGGUCGUCACUGGAGACAUCAAACAAGGUCACAGACCCACCGUUUCUGCCAUCAGACUCUUUUAUCAGAUUGUUGGCUUGGUAAUGGCUGAUGAGCAGCUAGCCAGAGUCCCAAAGAGCAAAGAAAAGCUGCCAGUGGAACAAAGUAAAAUACCGGAACUAGUGAUCCACAGGGGACCUGAGUGGAGCCAAAGUACUGCCCAAAAACUCUGCCUCCUCCUGCAUAAACUGGUUGAGUUUUCUUCGGUUCACCCCCACUGGAAGGUGAGGCUAGAGCUGGUGGAACUGGUCCACCACUUGCUGCGGAGCUGCAGUCAGUCGCUGGUGGACUCGUUCAGUGACCUUCUGAAGGCCGUGGUUGGGCUGGUGAACGAUGAAAACAGCGAAGUCCAGAGCAGGUGUAACGAGGUUCUGCGUGGCAUCGCAGAGCAGAGGAUCGUAGCACAGAGCAGGGCUCUCGCUGACGUCCUCUCCGAGAACCUCCAUUCCCUUGCCACAGCUCUUCCUCGCCUGAUGAACUCUCAGGAUGACGCAGGCAAGGUUUCCACUUUGAGCCUGCUGCUGGGCUACCUGAAGCUGCUGGGCCCCAAGGUUAACAUCGUCCUCCACUCCGUGUCCCACCUCCACCGGCUCUCCAAAGCGCUGAUGCAGGUCCUGGAGCUGGACGUGACAGACGUGAAGAUUGUGGAGGACAGGCGCUGGGGCGACGAGGGUGCGUGCAUCCCCGCGGGCUCCGUGCAGCGCAGUCUGCUGCAGGGCCGAUGUCAGAAGAAAUACUUCCGCUUCUUCACGGAGGAGAAAGUUUUCCAGCUCCUUCAGCAGGUUUGCCGUGUUCUUGGCUACUAUGGGAACAUCUACUUGCUGGUGGAUCACUUCAUGGGGCUGUACGGGGAGUCUGGCCUGUACCGAAAGCAGGCGGCGAUGGUCCUCAAUGAGCUGGUUGCAGGAGCCGCUGGGGUGGGAGUGGAUGUUCUUCAGGAACGGGAAGUUCUGCUGGAUGUAGAUGAUCUCAAAGCGUCCAUCGUGUCCAUCCUCGACGAGUACACAGACCAGGCGAACUGGUACCUGACCACUAGCAUUGAUGCAGAAGAAGUCAGCCGUGAGGACUCCGCACAACGUCCAGGACUUACUGCCCGUCCCGGAGGCGUGUGCAGCAGCAUCCUCCUUCCGUCCCCAGAGCCGCAGGUAACCGCCCGCACCAUGAACAGCAACAUCUGGCAGAUCUGCAUCCAGCUGGAAGGCGUUGGCUGCUUCGCUGCUGUCCUGGGAAAGGACUUCCGGCUGCUUCUGCUCUCGGCGCUCUACCCCGUCUUGGAGAAGGCCGGCGACAAGACGCUGCUCAUCAGCGAGACGGCACUGGGGACGCUGGCGGACAUGUGCGAGGCCUGCGGUUACGACUCCUUGCAGCGUUUGAUUAAUGAGAAUUCUGACUACCUGGUGAAUGGGAUUUCCCUCAAUUUGCGCCAGCUGGCGCAUCAGCCACGUGCCUCCCAGGUCCUGGACACUAUGCUGAAGCAUUCCGACGCCAGCUUACUGCCACUGGUGGAAGACGUGAUCCAGGAUGUCCUGUCUACGCUAGAUCAGUCUUACAAUAACCAGGCUUCUGCUUUCCUCGGCGUCCUCCACUCAGUCGUGACAGCUCUAGUCCGGUGGUUUGGCUCAUCCUGCGGCGAGGAACGCCGACGGCGGCAGAGCGGGACCUCGGCCCAGGGGCAGCCGGCGGCGAUGAGGGAGGACGUGGAGCGAUUCUUUCUGGACUACGUCAGGCAGAAGCAGAUCGCGGAGGGCAAUCUUCCCGAGGCGGGGGAUGAGGAGACAGAUGAGGUUCCCCCCCUCGCUAAACCAAACAGCCCUGACUCAGAGGGAGACCCCCCGCUGCCCAGCCAUGCCCAGCUGGCCAAGGACGUGAUGGAGAGGUGCAUCCACCUGCUCUCUGACGGGAACCUCCGGGUGCGGCUGAAGGUCCUGGACGUGCUGGAGCUCUGUGUAACUGUGCUGCAUCCUCACGGAAACCAUCUGCUUCCCAUGGCUCAUCGUGUCUGGCCCGCUCUCGUCACCCGGCUGAUUAGCGAUGACCCUCUGGCAGUGCUCAGAGCCUUCAAGGUGCUGUGUACCCUGGCUCAGCACUGCGGGGACUUCCUGCGGCAGAGGUUCUCCAGAGACGUGCUGCCCAAACUGACCGGUUCGCUCCUCGGCCAGGCCCCCGCCAGCGCCAGGGCCGGGCCUGUGGACAGCCACACGCUCGCCUUCAAGCUGCAGCUGGCCGUGUUGCAGGGCCUGGGCGCUCUGUGCGAGGAGCUGGACAUGGGGCAGAGCGACCUGGCCAAGGUGGCGGAUGCCUGUCUGGUUUACCUCAGCGCCAAGCAACCCGUGAGACUGCAAGAAGCCGCACAGAGGGCAGCAGUUGGCCGCACCCACGCGUGUGCAGAGGCGCGGGUCGCGCCCGGCCUGGCGCUGGCCUUGCAGGCGGCAGCACAG